AUGAGGAUAAACCCAAUCGCAGCAGGAACACUUCCUGAAGAUCUCAUCAAUGCAAUCCGUAGUGGUACCGUAAUGCUUACAGAAACCAGCGAUAGUGUUGUUGUAUUUCAUGAUACAAAUGGAGGUGUAAAGUGGCACUGCAAGCUUGAGAUGGGAGGAAUUCGCACGUACCGACACCAGCAAAGUGGGGCUAGUGGAUCGGCAGAGAUUUCUCUAAUUGCUACCGUAACAAAAGAAGUGCAGGAUCCUCAGCAAGUACAACCGAAAGUACAGCCUGUGAGUGGAGAACCGAAUACAUUACAUCAAGAACCAAAAGAAGGCACAGAUCCACUACCAGUAACACCACAGAUGAAUGCCUCUGAUGUUAUUCAGAAGUAUCGAAACUUGGCGGUUAAAAUAGCCUUUUUCUUAGCACCAGGUCCACGGGAUCAUAGAGAGGUACUGAAGAGGUUUGCCUCAGAUAAUAGUGAGGCGUUGAAUGCCGUGCUUGGAGUUCUCACAGUGUUAAAUUCACGUGGCCAGCGAGAACUCGGGGCAGAUGGGUAUAAACUAGUUGAUAUUGAGAGUUAUAGCUCUAAGGCAGUUAAACAGAAGGUUGCAAAUCUGGCUCUUCCAAAGGUUGCAGGAGACAAGAGUCUCUUGGACCGCUUCGCCCUCUACGCAGACCGAGAUGUGAUGUUAGCUGUCUGUUCGAAGGGUAUUAUGGCAGGGCUUGGGAGUUCUAAACGAAAACGGGAGGAGGAGCAAAGUGAUGAUGAUGAUGAUGAUGGCGAACACGAUGAUGAUAACUUGGGUGGAGGAAAGGGUGAAGAAUUAGCGGUGAGGCAAAAAACAGAAAGUGGAAUUCAUACAACUGCUACUGCUACUAUUGGUAGUAGCAAUAAUAGUGGUACUGAUGGUAUAAAAAAUAUAACUGGAACAACGACGGGUUCAUUGACAAAACCAAUGACACUUCUUACUUCUAUGGAACAGAGUGGGAUUAGAUGGAAUGAUGGUGAUCUUUCAAAAAUUAAUUUGACUAUGCCAUCAACUGUGACGAAGGUGUUAACACAGUUGAAGGAAACUGAAACAACUGCGAAACUUUCAGGUACAAAACAGGUCUUAAGAUCCAUGCCAAUUACAAAUUUAUCGCAGCUAACUGUUGCGCAGACUAAUUACACUAUUCUUCGGAAAGAAUACCAGAUUGUGUAUGAUCACCUAAAGUCUUUUGAGGAUGUUAGUGAGGCUGCGAAUGGAUGGAUUCAGUCGAAUAUGAGUCGUUUCUCUAAAGAACUCUCUGAUGAACUUAAACGAUGGUUUGAUUUACAGGAAGAGCCACAAGCUAGACUAGUCGUCUCCCUAGACCUUCUUUACAAGGCUAUUUAUCAGUUAAAACGCGAUAUUGAGGAUUAUGUUAACCUUCGAGAAUGGGGUGUUAUGACGUAA